GAGGUCCGUUGCCGGGGCGGUCCCUCCGCGCCGCGCUGCGCUCGCCGACACGGCGCCAUGAGGCUGGCCUCGCGCGCGCUCUGCGGCGCCGCCGGGGCCGGCUGGCGAGAGAGCUUCCCCCUGGGCGGUCGCGACGUGGCGCGCUGGUUCCCGGGACACAUGGCCAAGGGGCUCAAGAAGAUGCAGAGCAGCCUAAAGUUGGUGGACUGUAUCAUCGAGGUCCAUGAUGCCCGGAUUCCACUUUCAGGCCGCAAUACUCUGUUUCAGGAAACUCUUGGGCUUAAGCCUCACAUGCUGGUCCUCAACAAAAUGGACUUGGCGGAUCUGAAAGAGCAGCAGAAAAUUAUACAACACUUAGAAGGAGAAGGCCUAAAAAAUGUUGUUUUCACCAACUGUGUAAGGGAUGAGAAUAUCAAGCAGAUCAUCCCAAUGGUCAGAGGACUGGUUGAGAGCAGUUACCGCUAUCAUCGAGGAGAGAGCCUGGAGUACUGUGCCAUGGUGAUCGGGAUCCCCAAUGUGGGCAAGUCCUCACUCAUCAACGCGCUCAGGAGACAGCACCUCAGGAAAGGAAAAGCUACCAGAGUGGGCGGUGAGCCUGGGAUCACCAGAGCUGUGAUGUCCAGAAUUCAGGUGUGUGAGCGGCCACUGAUGUUCCUGCUGGACACUCCCGGGGUGCUGGCCCCUCGGAUCGAAAGUGUGGAGAUGGGCCUGAAGCUGGCCCUGUGUGGAACCGUGCUGGACCACCUGGUGGGGGAGGAGACCCUGGCCGACUACCUUCUCUACACCCUCAACAGGCACCAGCUCUUUGGGUAUGUGCAGCACUACGGCCUGGCCGCAGCCUGUGAUGACAUAGCCGGGGUGCUGAAGCAGGUGGCUGUGAGGCUGGGGAAGACGCAGAAGGUGAAGGUGCUCACAGGCACAGGGGAUGUGAACGUCAUCCAGCCCAACUACCCCGCGGCAGCCCGAGACUUCCUCCGCACCUUCCGCAGCGGGCUGCUCGGCCCAGUGAUGCUGGACAGGGAUGUCCUGCAGAGACCCCCCUUGGCAGACCCCUGAACCAGUCCAGCUGGCAGGGGCCUCACUCCCGCCUGGCCCUUGGCACCAGAGAUCGGGACAUCCCAAGCCCUCACAGCCAAGAAUUUGACCCUGGGACUCCCUUUCCCAGAAUCUCCAUGCUGGUCACUGUACAGUACUCAGGUCUCGUCUCUAGGAAGGAGCCGGUACCUGCUGCCCCUCCGGGCCUGGCCAGCUGCCAGUUACAGGGCACGGUGCCCGGAGUCUGGACAUCGGGGCUGCUGACACCUCUGAGCUGUCCCUGUGUGCCUCACACACGCUGAGUAUCUCUUAAGGAGAAGCUGAUGUUUUCUUAGGAGGUGAGAGGACAGUCUGUAAUUUAAACAUUUUAAAAGCCUGUCUCUGCUGGUGGCUCAUCUGUUAUGCACCAGUAGCAGCUUGGGCCCACGUGUUAAGGCCCCUCUCGGCAAGAAAAAUUGGGAUAUGAGCCACUUAGCAAGGGUUCUUGUGUUAGGUCCUUGAUAGUGUCCUGGGUCCUGCAAUAAAGACAAUUCUAUUUGCCAGCAUAGUGUUUAUUUCACGACACGACUAAAAUGUGCACACAUGAUGGACAGGAGGGU